AUGGGGUCAAGAAGGGUGAAUUCAUUUGAACUGAGAAAGAAUCCCUCCAUCAAAUCAUGUUUUCCAGACACAAGAUCUACAGAAGGCUCUGAUAAUAAAUCAGAUUACAAGUUUCCACAGCAUUUGAAGGCACACUCGUUUGAUGUUCAUGAUAAUUCUAUUAAAGGCCUUCAUGCACAGGAUACUAACCCAUUUUCUAGCAUCAAUGUUCAACCUCCUCCUCCUUCUUCUUCUUCUUCUUCUUUUGUCUUAUACAAUAAUUUACCACCUAAAUUGGAUAACUCAUCAAAUCGAAAGCUCUCUGUUUUGCCUGAAUGGAAGGAAACUAAUUCUGAUUCCUUUCCAAAUCAGCUCUCCACAAAUGCAAAUGCAAAUGCAAAUGCUGGUGCUGAACCACAACUUCAUUUUAAAACCUCUACACCAGGACAAGCUGCCAUUCCAGGGGAAACGAAACACAGUAGCCAAACAAGGCAUGUUCCCUUAUAUCUAGCAGCACUAAAAGGUGACUGGACAACAGCAAAAGUUUAUCUGCGAUGGAACCCGCAUGCAGUACGUGCAACAAUCACUAUGGGAUCAGAGACUGUGCUUCACAUUGCAGCUGGGGCAAGGCAUACGCUGUUUGUGAAGAAACUGGUGAAGAAAAUGACACCAGAUGAUUUGGCUCUGCAGAACAAGGUUGGCAACACAGCCUUGUGCUUUGCUGCAGUGUCUGGAAUAACAGAAAUAGCAAAAGUUUUGGUGAAUAAGAAUAAAAAUUUGCCUUUAGUUAGAGGUAGUAAAGGAGCAACACCUCUGUACAUGGCUGUUCUUCUGGGAAGAGGAGAUAUGGUUCGUUAUCUUUACUCUGUCACAGAUGAUAAAGAUCUUUCAGGAGAAGAUCGUAUUGGACUUCUGGUUGCUGCUAUCACUUCCAAUCUAUUUGAUGUGGCAUUGGAACUCAUUCAUAACCAUCCAGAAUUAGCAUUAGCUCGAGAUGGGAAUGGAGAAACAGCUCUUCACGUAUUGUCCAGGAAGCCAACUGCAUUUUACAGUGGAGAUAUAUUUUUCAAGGGGAGACCCAAAAAUUCAACAAAAUAUUUUGUGAGGCUUUAUCGACAGGGAAAUUGCUAUUCUGCAACAGCCUUAACUAUCUUGGUAAUUGUUCCAACAAUGAUCAUGCAUUACAAGGUUGAUGAGCUAGGAUUGAUUUUCGAGUUUUGGACAUAUUUUGCAGUUCCAGACAUUACACUCGUCUAUAACCUCAAGUUGAGGCAUCUUCAAGCCCUGGAGUUGGUGAAGCAAAUCUGGCAGCAGAUUUUGAACUUAGAUGAUGCAACUCUCAAGGCAUUAAUUCGAACGCCGCAGCGAUUACUGUUUACAGCUGCACAAUUCGGGAUUGUCGAGUUCCUAACAAUACUUAUUCGGUCACAUCCUGAUCUUAUAUGGAAGGUCGAUGAGCAGAGUAGAAGCAUAUUUCAUAUAGCAGUAGUACAUAGACAAGAGAAAGUCUUUAAUCUCAUAAAAGAGAUCGGCGCUCUCAAAGAUUUUAUAGCUCUGUAUAAAGAUGAUAAGAACAAUAAUAUGUUGCACUUGGCUGGAAAGCUACCACAUCCAGGUCGACUCAAUACUGAUUCAGGUGCAGCUUUGCAAUUGAGAAGGGAACUGCUAUGGUUCAAGGAAGUGGAGAAGAUUGUCCAACCUCUGUAUGCUGAAAUGAAAAACUCGGAGGGGAAAACACCAGAUUGUGUAUUUUCAAUGGAACACAGAGAAUUGAAGAAAGCAGGGGAGAAGUGGAUGAAGGAAACUGCUUCUUCAUGCAUGGUUGUUGCCACUCUAAUUGCCACUGUGAUGUUUACAGCUGCCUUCACCGUUCCAGGAGGAAACAACGACAAUACAGGCAGGCCUAUUUUUCUUUACACAAGAUCCUUCAUAGUUUUCAUCAUAUCAGAUGCACUUGCCCUAUUCUCCUCAUCCUCAUCAAUUCUGAUAUUCCUUUCCAUAUUGACGUCCCGUUACGCCGAAGAAGAUUUCCUUCGAUCGUUACCGAACAAGCUAAUCUUGGGACUUGCAACACUUUUCAUCUCAAUAAUUAACAUGAUGAUUGCUUUUUGUGCCACACUUUUCCUUGUUCUUAGCCAUGGGUUGGAAUGGGCAACUAUUCCUAUUGUUGUUGUUGCGAGUAUCCCCGUCUCAUUGUUUGCUUCUCUGCAAUUUCCUCUUGUUGCUGACAUAAUUACUCAUACACUUACUUGCUUUGAUUCAACAAGUCAUUUAUUGGGCUAA